AUGACGGGCCAGUCCCACGUAUCCACAUUCAGCCUGCUGUUUGGAGACAAGCUGCUGUCCCUGGGCCUGAACACGACCAGUGCUGCCGUCAUCUUGAACUCUAUGAUGGCUGUCAUGGAGUUCUCUGGCAUUGUCACAGGGCCACUGCUGAAGACAUUCAGUAUACGCCAAGUGGCUUUCAGCGGAGGCUGCCUUGUAGUGGCGGGGCUCGUUCUCACCAGCAUCGCCAAUUCUUUCAUCCAGUUCAUUAUCACCUACAGCAUCCUCUUGGGUCUUGGCAGUGGUCUGUUCGCGCCCUCUGCCUUCUUAGCAGUCAAAAUGUACUUCCUGAAGGCACGAGGGCGCGCCGUCGGCAUAUCUACAGCGGGUAUCAACCUGGGCCAGAUGGCGAUGCCACACCUGGUGCGUUUCCUGCUGGAGAACUACGGCUUCAGCGGCGCCAUGCUGGUCCUGGGAGGCGUAGCCAUGCACCUUCCUGCCGGCAGCCUCCUCUUCCACCCGCUUGAGUGGCACGCCGAGCGCCGACCAGUUGCCAGCGAGCUGAAGCCGCUGAAAGUGGAGCCAGGCGGGGCCACGAGUGGCGCUGCUGCAGAUGUAGAGUCGGCCAAGGUUGAGCGACCGUGGCGUGACACGUCCGUGGCGUCGUUAGCUGCCUCAGAGCUGGGCGACAUGAGCACAGCCAUGUCUGUCGACCACAGCAAGCGUCUGCCUCCAACUAGCAAAGAGGACUCAAGCCAAGUCCAGCACAAGCCGCAGCCUGUGUGGCGUCGGGUGAUCACCUUCAUGGACCUGGACCUGCUCCGGAGUUGGGUGUUCCUGAACGUGAUGUUCGGCACGGGGUGCAUGUUCACGGUGGGCGUCAACUUCUCGCUGCUGAUGCCCAUGUACUUGCAACGCCGCUUACACCUCUCCCUGUCCGAUACGGCGCUCUGCCUCACCAUGAUGGCCGCCGGCGACGUCGUGGCCAGGCUCACGGUGCCUUCCAUCACAGACUGCCUCAAGGUCAGCGCACGCCUAUCUUUCUUCGUCGCUGCCGUCCUCUGUGGAAUCACUUGCUCAGUGAUCGCCACGUCCUCUAGUAUGGUGGCUCUGUGCGUGUGGAACGCUCUGUGUGGAGUCUGUCGAGGUAUCGGUUUCGCCAAUAUAAACCUGUGCGUGGCCGAGGUGUGCCCAGAGCACAAGCUGCCGGCCGCCGUCGGCUUUAACAUGGUCUCCUGCGGUAUCCUGCUCUUCACUGUCGGACCUGCUAUAGGUUACGUCCGUGACGAGACGGGGGACUACCCACUCUGUAUUCACCUCCUGACGUUGUUGUUGCUCGUUGCCAUGGCGUUCUGGCUCGUAGAGGGCAUCGUGCAAUGGUGCCGCCGAAAGAGAUGA